GUACACUUCGCAGUAGACCUACAGACAGAGUCAAACCAAUUCAUGUGUAAUUGAUCCACUUAGGGAGUUAGGAUCGCCAAUCAAGUAGUCUUCACUUUAAACCGACCCAAUAUAUUCCAUUACACAUCAUGUAUUUCUGUCAUUCCACGGAACAGGACAAGAAGAAGGGUAAAAGUACAGGUAUGCGGAAGUCGAAGGUGUUCUUCCGGACUGUGCUUCUUGUGGCCGGCACUUUAUGCGUCCUCUACAUGCUCAACUCGGACACUCUAAAGUUUCGGAGGGCUCCAUCGAUGCUGAUCAAAACGGUGACCGCGGAAGAGCGCCUGGUGCAAUACGGCGCGGGUGAAGUUGCCUUUAUUGACAAAUACAGGCACGGCCUGGGGCCGAAACGGUUAGCAAGCGAAGGACCGACCCGAGGAUAUUUCGACACGACCGUGAAAGAGAUGGUAGAUUGGGGUGAAAUAACGAAUCCAACACCAACCCCAACUCUAGGUAGAAGCAUACUCGUACAAAAAUCGACAACAACUGAACCUGCGGAGAUCACACUAACAUCACCAGCUCCACAUCUCCCUGUGGUUUAUUUUGAUGCCGAUAUAAAGCGCUCAGGUGGGUUUAAGUAUGGCUUAGGAGGGAAUAUCACUAGGAUCCCGCGGAUUAUCCAUCAGACAUGGAAGACGCAUGAUGUUCCGAAACAGUUCACAGAUUUCGCCAAAACCUGGGUACAGCACAACCCCGGUUGGGAAUAUUGGUUCUGGUCUGAUGCCGAGGCCGAGAGGUUCAUAAAAUUCAAAUAUCCUCAAUAUUACGAUAUGUAUAGAAAUUAUCCGCAAAAUAUUCAAAGGGCGGAUGCGAUGCGGUACUUUGUUCUUUACGAAUUCGGUGGAUGGUACGCAGAUUUGGAUGUGGAGGAUCUCAAACCUUUGGACGAUUUAGGUAAACAGCACAACUGCAUCAUAUCGCAGGAACCCUGGGGACAUGUUUUGUUUAUUUGGCACCGGACUCGUCUGGCUUGUAAUGCGCUAAUGGCGGCGAGACCGAAGCACCCCUAUUUCAAAUAUGUCGUAGAACAGUUGCCGAAAAAUGCUCGUAAAAACAAGAAUGACCCAAUGACGACAACAGGGCCUAAGAUGAUUGACGACACGCUGUAUGAGUAUGAAAAAAAUAUGAAACAGAACAACACUUUCAUACAAAACGAAACCGUGUACCUCGCUAACCCGGACUACUUUUUGCCGAUACUUUCUGGUAACGGGUUACCGGAUGUUAAAAGAGCAUGCGCGCAUUUACCAAACACUACCUCAGAGCUCAAGAAAUUUGUUUGUGCCAGGUAUGAAAAGGAAAAGUGGUCAAAUAAACCUCUACCCGAGUCCUAUACAAAUCAUGUGUGGAUACACACAUAUUACCACGCAGACAUUGGUAAGAAAACAAAUACGUCUAUUUUUGAGUUGGUGCCUGGGACAGUUAAUGUUACAAAUGUUUUGAUUAAUAUGGAGAACAAGUACAAAAAACAAGUACCAGAAUCGAUAACGUCUCAACCUGCGUGGUCAACACCACCAUCAACAGCGCCACGUCUCCCUGUGGUUUAUUUUGACGCCGACAUAAAGCGCUCAGGUGGGUUAAAGAAUGACUUGGGAGGGAAAAACGCUAGGAUCCCGCGGAUUAUCCAUCAGACGUGGAAGACGCAUGAUGUUCCAAAACAGUUCACAGAGUACGCCAAAACCUGGGUACAGCACAACCCCGGUUGGGAAUAUUGGUUCUGGUCUGAUGCCGAGGCCGAGAGGUUCAUAAAAUUCAAAUAUCCUCAAUAUUACGAUAUGUAUAGAAAUUAUCCGCAAAAUAUUCAUAGAGCGGAUGCGAUGCGAUAUUUCAUUCUUUACGAAUUCGGUGGAUGGUACGCAGAUUUGGAUGUGGAGGAUCUCAAACCUUUGGACGAUUUAGGUAAACAGCACAACUGCAUCAUAUCGCAGGAACCCUGGGGACACGUUUUGUUUAUUUGGCACCGGACUCGUCUGGCUUGUAAUGCGCUAAUGGCGGCGAGACCGAAGCACCCCUAUUUCAAAUAUGUCGUAGAACAGUUGCCAAAGAACGCACCUAAAAAGAAGGAUGGUCCAAUGGCGACAACAGGGCCUAUAAUGAUUGACCGCACACUGUACGAGUAUGAAGAAAUUAUGAAACAAAACAACACUUUUAAACAAAACGAAACCGUGUAUCUCGCGAACCCGGACUACUUUCUGCCGAAACUUUCGGGCAACGGGUUACCAGAUGUUAAAAAAGCAUGCGCGCGUUUGCCAAACACAACCUCAGAGCUCAAGAAGUCUGUUUGUGCCAGGUAUGAGAUGGAAAACUGGUCAAAUAAACCUCUACCCGAGUCUUAUACAAAUCAUGUGUGGAUACACACAUAUUACCACGCAGACAUUGGUAAGAAAACAAAUACGUCUAUUUUUGAGUUGGUGCCCGGGACAGUUAAUGUUACAAAUGUUUUGAUUAAUCUGGAGAAAGAGGCAACGACCACGUGAUUUCUAUUUUAUUGAUUGACGUAUAGGAGGAGACACUAGUUCCACGCCAUUAUGAGAGAUACACUUAAGCUUCGGGGGGGGGGGCUGGACCCUCCGGCCAGAGAUCCAACUUUCAAGGCUGGUUUAUACAUUGAAUUGACUUUGAUCAAGGCGUGAGGCGGAAGAUCGAUCAAUGGGACAGGUGUUCACGUUUGCAUUUCGGGGGAUUUACGAAAACUCCCUACUUAUGCUAAGCCCUCGAAACGCCGACGAGGACGCGGCGAUGUCAUACAUUGUUCGGCGUUUUUAUUGUGUUUUAAUAGGCCAAACAAAAAGAAAUCAAAAAAUAUCAAAGAUUUUUCAUUGUGCAAUAACGGUGAUGGGAUGUUACGGGUUAAAUCCUUUCACAGUGCUACGACAUGUACAUGUAGGUUUAAUACUCACCAUUCUAUGAUUUAAUUGUAUGCACUUGGAAUUGAACUAAACAAAUUGACUAUUUAACCAGCACGGCUGUGCAUUCUCUACGUGAACAUAUCGACUCGAAAGUUUAUACAUGUCCUUCCGGGCUUUCAACGAAGCAAUUAAAAAUGCAUAAUGUGUAUUCAUCUUGCUAUUGGUUCAU